AUGAAAGAGAACCUCGAGAUAGUGCGGGGUCGUCUCAACCGGCCUUUGACCUACGCCGAGAAAAUUCUAUACUCGCAUCUGGACAAUCCGCAUGAACAGGAGAUUGAGCGCGGCAAGAGCUACCUCAAGUUGCGGCCAGAUCGUGUAGCCUGUCAAGACGCUACCGCGCAAAUGGCCAUCCUGCAGUUCAUGUCCGCCGGCAUGCCGUCGGUGGCCACGCCAACGACUGUCCACUGUGACCACUUGAUCGAGGCGCAGUUGGGCGGCGAGAAGGAUCUUGCGCGGGCAGUGGACAUUAACAAGGAGGUGUAUGACUUCUUGUCCACCUCAUGUGCAAAGUACAACAUUGGAUUCUGGAAACCUGGCUCUGGUAUCAUCCACCAAAUCAUCCUCGAGAACUACGCAUUCCCUGGUGGUCUUCUGAUCGGCACCGACUCUCACACCCCUAAUGCUGGUGGUCUUGGUAUGGCUGCUAUCGGUGUCGGCGGUGCUGACGCUGUGGAUGUGAUGGCCAACCUGCCAUGGGAACUCAAGGCACCUAAGGUUAUCGGCGUUCGGCUGACUGGCAAGUUGUCUGGCUGGACGGCACCGAAAGACAUCAUCCUCAAGACCGCUGGGAUUCUCACCGUCAAGGGCGGCACAGGUGCUAUUGUUGAGUAUCACGGCCCUGGUACUGAGGGUCUCUCCUGCACUGGCAUGGGCACCAUCUGCAACAUGGGUGCUGAAAUCGGCGCCACUACCUCUGUGUUCCCCUUCAACGACCGCAUGUACGACUACCUCAAGGCCACCAAGCGCCAGCAGAUUGGUGACUUCGCCCGUGAGUAUGCCCAGGAGCUCAAGGAAGACGAGGGUGCCGAAUACGACCAGCUCAUCGAAAUCAAUCUGUCUGAGCUCGAGCCGCACAUCAAUGGUCCCUUCACUCCGGAUCUUGCCACACCUAUUAGCAAGUUCAAAGAUGCGGUCCAGAGCAACAAGUGGCCUGAGGAGCUAAAGGUUGGCCUGAUCGGUUCCUGCACAAACUCGUCAUACGAAGACAUGUCGCGUGCCGCUUCAAUUGCCGAGGACGCCAUGUCUCACGGUAUCAAAGCCAAGUCCAUGUUCACCGUCACCCCUGGUUCGGAGCAAAUUCGCGCCACUAUCGCCCGUGACGGUCAGAUGAAGACCUUCGAGGAGUUUGGCGGCCUGGUACUCGCGAACGCCUGCGGUCCUUGCAUUGGCCAAUGGGAUCGCAAGGAUGUCAAGAAGGGCGAGCCGAACUCGAUCAUCUCCUCCUACAACCGCAACUUCACCGGCCGCAACGACGCCAACCCUGCCACACACGCAUUCGUCACUUCGCCUGAUCUCGUCGUCGCCAUGACCAUCGCUGGUACCUUGAACUUUAACCCCUUGACCGACACCCUCAAGGAUAAGGACGGCAAUGACUUCAAGCUAAAGGAGCCACAUGGUAGUGGUCUGCCCGCCAAUGGCUUCGACCCAGGCCAAGACACCUACCAAGCACCUCCCAAGGACCGCGAGUCUGUAUCUGUCGCUGUCUCACCCUCGUCCGAUCGUCUUCAGAUUCUCAAACCAUUCGAUCCAUGGGAUGGCAAGGACGCCAUGGGCAUUCCCAUCCUGAUCAAGGCGCAAGGAAAGACUACCACCGAUCACAUCUCAAUGGCCGGCCCGUGGCUGAAGUACCGCGGCCAUCUCGACAACAUCUCAAACAACAUGCUCAUCGGUGCCAUCAACGCGGAGAACGGCGAGGCCAACAAGAUCAAGAAUCCCGUCACCGGCGAGUACGGCACCGUCCCCGGCGUCGCCCGCGACCUCAAGAAGCACGGCACCAAGUGGGUCGUCGUCGGCGACUGGAACUACGGCGAGGGCUCCUCGCGCGAGCACGCUGCCCUCGAGCCACGGCAUCUGGGCGGCCUGGCCAUCAUCACCAGGAGCUUCGCACGUAUCCACGAGACCAACCUGAAGAAGCAGGGUAUGCUACCGCUUACCUUCUCAAACCCGGAGGACUACGACAAGAUCGGCCCGAACGACAAGGUCGAUCUCAUGUGCACGCAACUGGCGGUCGGCAAGCCGAUGAAGAUGGUGGUGCACCCGGCGGAUGGCGGUGAGGCGUUUGAGGUUGAGCUGAGCCACACUUUCAACGAGGGUCAGAUUGAGUGGUUCAAGAAUGGAUCUGCGCUGAAUACCAUGGCGAAGAAGGCGGGGACGAAGCAGUGA